CGAGGGGGCGCUGCUUUCCCAAACGCCCCCAGCCGCCGGACGUCAGUCACGCCCCGACGCCGCCGGCCCUUCUCCCCGGAGCUCCAAGCCGGAUCGGUGCCGGACAAGCCACGUCGCUCCUGCCCUUCUCUGUCUGGACACGCUCGACCCCCCCCCCUCCGGCCGAGGCCUGAGCCCACCCUCUCCGUGUUCUCCGGCUGGAUCGACAGGGCUCCUCGGAAGUUUUCUGCAGUUGCCCUCGAAACGUGAGGCUGCGGCCUCGACUUUGCUCUCCUGGCUUCUGUGAAAUGGGCGCGCUUGGAAAAACACCGCGCUCCUGGCUCCAGAGGCACUGCUGCCCCUGGCGGCUUCGUUGAUGUUCCCGGGUCCUUUUGCAGGGAGAGCGAAAGUGGAUCUGGCGCCUGUCUCCCUAAAAGGGAGGGCUGAGGCGACUUGCCAUCAUCGGCUGCUGCCGGAGGAGGAGCUGGUCGGUUUGGGACUGCGGGGCCGAGGAUGGACGCCAUGGGGGAAGCUUCCAUCGGGGAAUGCGAGGAGCACCCGGGCCACUUCCCUCCCAGGGGGACCAGGAGCCGGCCUCGCCACUUUGUGCGCGAAGUGGCCUCCUCCGAAAGCAUCACCAGGACGAAGCCCCCCGUGGGCAUUGUCUUCAUCACCCUCCUGUACUGUGGGGAGUUUGCGUCCGCCUGCGUCGUGAGCUUCACCUACAGCCGCUCCAACGACGUCUUCUGGCUCUCCCUGACCCUUCUCCUGAUGCUGAUCCCCUCCGUCAUGGACCAGCUCACCCUCAUCUUCGUCCACCGGGACUUGACCAGCGACAAGCCGUUCAUCCUCUUCAUGCAUCUUCUGCUGAUGGGGCCGAUCAUCAGAUGUUUAGAGGCCAUCGUGAUAUUCUACAGGAUAGGGCACGAGGAAGAGCCCUACGUCACCAUUACUCGCAAGAAGCACAUCCACAAACACUCUGAGGUUGAGCUGGAGCAGGAAGUGGGGCAUUCGGUACGCAGGCUGGCCACCCACCGCAACGCCUUCAAGCGCAUGGCUGUCAUCCAGGCCUUCCUGGGCUCCACUCCGCAGCUCACUCUGCAGCUCUAUGUCAGCAUCGUGGAGCAGUACAUCCCCACCAGCAGAGCCGUCUUGAUGUGUAUCUGCUUGCUGUCCAUCACCUACGGAGCCUUGGUCUGCAACGUCCUGGCCAUCCAGAUCAAGUACGACGACUACAAGAUCCGCCUGCACCCGCUGGCCUUCCUCUGCAUCAUCCUGUGGCGCAGCUUGGAGAUCUCCACCCGUAUCACCAUCCUGGUCCUUUUCGGGAGUGUCUUCAAGCACUACGCCAUGGCCGUCGGCGCGGCCAACCUCCUGGCGUUCUUCUUCUUUCCGUGGAUACAGUUCUGGAGGACGGGCAUCCAGCUGCCGGACCACGUGGAGAAGAACUUCAGCCGGGUGGGCACGGUUUGCGUCCUGUGCUCCAUCACUUUGCUCUACGCCGGCAUCAACAUCUUCUGCUGGUCAGCUGUGCAGCUCCGAUUGGCUGACCGGGAUUUGAUCAGCAAGUCCCACAACUGGGGGUCCUUAGCUUUCUUCUAUGUGUUCCGAGGGAUGGAGAACAGCGUGCUGGUCCUUGCCUGGUACUUCUUCAAGACGGAUGUCUACGAGUACUUCUGCAGCCCCAUGCUGGUCCUGCAGCUGAUCGUGGCCUACUGCAUGGGCAUCGCUUUCAUGCUCUUCUUCAUGCAGUACCUUCACCCGUGCCGCAGCCUCUUCACGCACAACAUCUCCGACUUCUUGCAGUGCGUUUGCUGCCAGCAGGCAGGGGAAGCCAAAACUUUGCAGCUGGAGCCCCCCUGGGAACCUGGCGUGAGGCAUAGCAUAGUCUGAUGGGAUAGAACCAAACACAUCAUAAGUUAAGCCGCUGACGGGGGCAGUAUGGACCUCAGCACCCAUUUACCCUUGAUGAGAUAGGCCUUAAUUGUAUGGUGCUAUAACUUAUAAACAGGGCUGGUACUGGCUAGACCGGGCUUUCCGGAGCAUCCUGUGGACCGAUGGGUCAACUCCUGAUGGGCAAUUAGGGUUCAGUUUUCCUUUUCCAAUCUUCCUGCAGAGCCAGAGUUGACCACGUCAUACGCCUAGGCACCGUGUGAUCAGAAAUGAGCCACUUCGGUUCAGAGGACUGAGUUGCAAUUUCCAGAUGAUGGCCACUCACUGACAAGGGUGUGUUCUUGGGCGUGUCCCUUUGCAAAACACCAAGCUGAACGAAACUCAGCCUGGUAGAAGGGCAGGGUCAGCUUACCAAAUAAGGAAAAAAGAGGAGGCCCUUUUGAAGAGCGGCCAAUGGGUCUCCCUGGUGUACGUUCAACUGUGAAUGCAGCAUCUUUGCGACAACACAACCUUGCUAAGGUUGGAUAGGAUUGUGGCCUAGCAUUUUCAAGGUGCCCGGACAUGCCUGGCCAGCUGCAAUUUGGGGUGUGACCCCUUUGUUCAUCCCUAUCAUAUUUAUUUCUUUGUUGACCUGAGAA